UAGGUGUGAAGAUUGCAGGUUUAGAGUUAAAACGUCGAUUCAAUUAAACUAUAACAAGCGGUAGAAAACUCCGCACCAAGCCUGAUGGGUCCUUUGCAACCAAUUACAACAUAGGAAAGAUCUAAAACGCGGAAAAUCGUGAAGACAUCGCUGCGUCCAAUCUAGUCCGUGGUUGAGUCCCAGGAGCGAUGGGCAAAGAGCUUAUGGAAAGGUACAGUAUAUAUUUGUCGUUUAUACAUGGACUGAACUCAUCCCUAUUUUCUUGCUUUCCCACUACAAAGGAGACUAUCAACCAAACUCUGCCCAACCCGAAAGGAUGUGAGCACCAGACACAGACAAGACAUGCAAGAAAUGGAUCAAAUGACCCUACACGGUAUGUUUAAAUACAAAACGCUUCAGCUCAUCUACAGUCCAAGUCGACGCUUAGUAUCCCUUUCCGUAGCUGUUGCCAGCAGCGGGAGGAGUGACACUGGGGUAGGUCGGCUCAGUAGGAGUCUUGGAGGGAGCGUUGUAGGAGCCCUCAGUCUUGGACGAGG